UGGCAGAUUUAUGUCUGCAUGCUUUCCCGGAAAGGAACUUCUCAGAAAUGGCUUAGUUUUUGUUGUCAAAUUUGUAUGUAUUUCGUCCUUUGAAUAUUGUGCGAUUCUUCGUUAGACGUAAAAUGCUAAGGAGCUGUGAUUAUGGGCGUUAGUGGCGGUUUGAACGUGUUUCGAAGGUUCAGAGAGGGAUGGAAUAGAUGGCCACUGGUUCGUUCAACUUCCUCUAGAGAUGGAAAGGGUGCCGUACGUUUUGCUUCGACAGAUGAAGUCUUGACGGUCGUUUACCGUCCAAAUUUAAGUGUCAGAGUAAGUUUUUUUAUCCUUUCAUGUAAAGUUAUGUUGAUUGCGUGGUUGUCGUUAUGUCUAUCGAUCUUCCAUGCGAAUAUUUAAUAUUGAAAAUGUUUUUUCAUGCCCUUGUGCAGAAACUCAUUGCUUGCCACCGUGCUCCUAUGUUAAUUGAUGGAUUUUGAUUCCCUUUUCUGAGAAUUUAUUAUAUGUAUCUUGAGCACUAACAAUUAUCUAUUAUUUUCCUUCUAUUUUCGUUGUCAUUUUUUAUUUAGUUUGAGUCAGACCACAAGUAAAGAGUUGUUUUAGAGAUGGGAAAAGAUGUAAUGUUUACUAGCUAGGGGUAGCUUCAAUGUAUUUUUAUAAGGUUAUUAACUAAUGAAAGUAGAUAGAAAUAACAGGAAAUCGAUUCUUAUGGAAACUGUCUUAGAAUUUUCACAACUAGAAGCCUGUUAAUUCUUGUAUCUAGCACUGACAUGUGUUGGACAAUUUUAUCUGUAUUUACUCAGGCAAGUUAAUGUAAGAAUUUGAUAUUGGAAUGUCAUCUGUUCUUUUUCGCGUUAAUGAGAAACUACUUAUCAUUCUGUUUAUGGUAGGCUUUGUAAAAUACUCUGAGCUAACAAAUUUCAAGCUUUAAGUGUUGAAACAUAGACAAAAAAUUCAACCUUUGGGCACUACUUGAUUCUUUUAUGGCUAUGGAUUGCAUAAUUUUAUUUUUGUGUUUAUGUGCUUUUAACACUUAUUUUCUCAGACCCUUGGGCAAUUAAUUAGCUUUCAUAAUUUGAAACGCUUAAUGAAUAAGAAGUGUUCAGUUACUUCUGAGAAAAUCUUAUCAAUUCUAGGAAAUUCUUUUCGUGGUCAGUGAGAUUAACCAUUUGUGCUUAUUUUAGAUUGACAAACAAUGACAACCAAUUGAAAAGCAUUAGCUUAGCAUCAGGGCUGUUGUUAGUAGCUGGUAGCCUGCUUUUUUAGCAGGCUACUGCAGUAAAAUCAACUGGCUACUCAAAGUUUCUAAGUAAGUCAAACAUUACAAGGACAGAAGAAUAAUUUUGGGAUAAAUGACAGGUUACUUUUCUCAAGAGACUGGCUACUUAAUGCCAGACCUAAGCAUUUAAACAGUUACGUUUUAAAAGUGAAUUCUUUACCUGUAUUGCAUACACUUAUUAACAUAUUUACAGUGAAAUCAUUGCUGUCUUUGCAUUAAGCAGUGAGAUGAACUUACAUGCAAUUUGAAUAUUUCUAUUAGCACACAUGUUUUGCUGUUUGCUGUUUACUUAUUGAUAUUAAAAAAGUGAACAAUAGACUCCUGGCCCAUCAGGUCAUGCUAUGAGGCCAUAAAAACAAAGGAGCAUUAAUUCUCGGAAAUGAGAAUAUUAAAUGAUCUUAUAUUAACAUGUCUGGUUUCAAGAACUGUUAAGCAAAGUAGCCAAUCAAAAGUCAGUAGACUUUAAAGUGCAGUGUUGACUGUCCACACAGUGGCUUAGAGGGGGUACUAAGUAAAAUCUUUAACUACUUUAAGUCUUACUCCACCUGUUGGUUUCUCGGAAAAAAGCCCUGUAGUGUUAGCUAAGUGCUUGUUAUAUAUUGCAUGUCAAUCAGAGAAAUAGAAUGUUAAUUUCAUCACAAGCUGCAUGCAGUUUAACAUAUUUUAUUAUUUUCAUUACUGUCAAUGUUACCUUCUUUAAGUUAAGUCUUACUACUACCUACUACUACUUGCAGUAGUAGGGAUGUCCCUAAGAGCUGGCUUCUGCCUUAUUUGUCCGGCUGAAAAAGACCUUAACAACCAGCUCAAGUUGCCCUGGAAAAUAAAAACGUGGAGAAAUCUUUGUAAUGUUUACUUUAUGUGUGGCAUAAUUAUGUGCAGAGCAUGUCAGGAUUGUGAAAAAAAAUGUAGUAAGUUGUUGAACAUGUGCUCAACUGUCGUGUCUUGCUUGAUUUACUUUGUGUAUAUUAACAACACAUUACAAUGUUGAAAGUGCAGUUGAUUAACAGAACCCACGUAAAAUGAAACAACCUGCUUAGCUUUCCCUUAGCUACAACUGUACAUCCUCGUAGUAGAAGGGCAAAAACCCAGAAAACGGGCAAAUGAAAACAAUUACCACUACUACAGAAGACCAAAAACCUUAAAACCAUGCACAUUCUCAUUAUUUAGAAAUAAUUUGCACUCCCUUAAUUAUAUGUUGCUCAGGUGAGAACUUCAGCUUGUUAUAGUCCAGGCAACUGUUAAUAACAACUUUUAUUCAGGAAAAUCAAAGUGGGUUUGUAAAGUUUGGUUUGUCAUGAAUGAGAUAAAUACAAUUCAAAAUAAUAAUUUCAUUUUGUAAAGUUAAUACUACGAUGCAAGGCUGUGCUCUAAGGAAAAUAAUUGAAGGGAGCCCAGUGCUCUGAAAUUGUAAAAUCUAGGGUGCCUAGAUUUGUAUGAAAAAUCCAGCGAUUUUCUAGUCGCCCAAGGGCAUAAGUUAGGCACCAGGGGCCACCGGGCUCUGCUAGAGCACAGCCCUGCGAUGAUGCUGAACAGCAUAGAUUUUGGAAAUAGCCAGUUUGCACUGUAACAAACAGGAAAGCAACCAAAAAAACUCUUUAGAACGUGACCUAAUCUUAACUCUAUAUUGUUGUUGAAGGAUGUGUGCACCGAAGCUGCAGUGAAAGUCAAUGUAUCUCCAGUAGCUCUGGAUUUUUUCACUCUUGUCACAGAAGAUGGCAGCAUUUACCUCAAUCCAAACAAGACAUUAACUGAAGCAGAAUGCAAUCAAACAUACUGCUUUAAACUUUCUAUAAAAGCUUGCCAUGGUGAAGAACUGUGGGAUUUUGAUCCAAAUACUUUUGAAUACUACUUCCAUCAAGUGAGUAACUCAAAAUAUUUGCAGUAGUAUAAUAUUAGUGUUUUACUUGACUGGAAUCCUUAAUGCUGAUAGAUAUCUUUUUCCAUUUAUUCAACUCUCCUAGAUUCUUAAUCUCCUCUUCCUGAAAUACAGAAAAAAAUGUAACUAGCAUGAGAAGAUCCUGAAAAUUAGGAUAAAGGGGGCCUGAGGAGACUGCAAACUGUUAUUUAUUCACUUGUCACAAACAGCAAAUAUGACAAAUGUUAUUGAAGCUUAUAACUGCUGAUAAUUACAAACCGAUAUGCCUUCGUAGAAAUCCUUCAAAAAAUAGGCCUGGAUCAUAAACAUUAUUACCUAAGCCAAUUUUAAAAGGACUUGUAUGGAGUCAUCCGAGGAUAAUGGCUGCUUGUAUCUCCCCACCAAUUUGCACUGUACCAGGCUGGUUUUUGGCAAGGGGGCUGGAUGCCAACCAAUCCCAUAGUUGAAUCACAUAAUUAUAAUUAAAAUUUUUGUGAUGGGUAUCACACUUCCCUUUUCUUUAAACAGUUUCCAAUACAUUAUUUUAUUCUCCAGGGCCCAGUUGUUCGAAGGCCGAUUAGCGCUAACCCAGGGUUAAAUUUUAACCCAGGUCUCUUUUUCUUUUCAUCAAAAGCAUUUUCUUGGACAAUUUUCUCUAUUCUUUUUAGAGUAGCCAAUCAUCAAAUUGUUGACAAAAAGAAUUAAACUGAAUUUGCUUUUUAAGCUUUCAUAUCUGAAUUCAAAUUUCAAACUAACCCUGGGUUAUCUUAACCCAGCUUUGAACAACUUGGCCCUGGUUAAAAUUAUCCUGUGCCCAUUUUGAUAUAUAUUGUCUUUUGACUAAGGUCAUACUUCAUUUUUGGUAAUAGGCUGAUUAAGCAACAGAACGGGAACGUCAGAUGAUGGCGGCACGCGCAAAUCAAAGAACUGGCUUGACCACCCGAACGAUACAGAAGACGUUAAAACAGCGCUGCUUUAGCAACUUAUUAGCGCUGCAACGAGCGCUGCAGAAAGGUUGCACCAACGCUGUUUUCCGUUCGCUGCAGCAUUGCAUUUUUGUGACUGCGUUAACGGUGCGGUAGCGACACUUAGAGCUGCAGGAGCGUUGCCGUAAAGAUGGAAAAAAAUAGCCACACGAGGCCAUACGGUCGAUAAACAGCUUUUAUGCAGCGCGGUGCAGCGUUAGUGAAGCGCUGCAAAUAACAGUUGUACGAAAAAAAGAAAUGCAGACUUCAACAAUACAAUAAUCAUGAGACAUGGUAAAGGAGUUGACAAGGCCUUAUAGUAGCGGAGUAAAAACCACAAGAAAGACAAAAUGCAACUGAUACUUUAUUAGUAUCCACGCGUACACGUUACAAAAGCAGGUGACGUAUAACAAAUCUUCAACAGUCUCGCUUUGUAAAUAUUGAGCAAUCACGGUUACUCAUCUAAAUGUAAGAGCAUCCAUUAACAUGCUGACAUUGAAGUUUAUCUUUUUUUAAAAUAGAGAGAAUAAGAGCGAUUGUGUUGCUUGCUCUGGUUCGAUUCGUCGGUACUUGGCGCAGAAUUCACCUCGCAACAGUGCCGUUGUUUACAAAUACAUUUGAGCUGUCCAAAACUUUGACUGUACCUCUAAGAAAUCCAAAAACAUCAACAGAACUUCCACCUCGAAACAGAACUAGAUGCUAAAAACUUACAAUGUAUGAAUGUUUGCGUCUUUCAUUCUACGGUCGCAAAUGUUUGUCUAGAGAUGUAAUGGUAUCUGAUGCAAAAGUGCCGACCAAUUAGAUUACAGCCUAGAAUGUCUCCAGGGAAUUAGCGAUAACAUUCCCACACUCGCCAGUCACGGUGUCACAGUGAUAGGUGUAUCCCCGUGAUAUGUGUACCCCAUACACAUAUCCCUAGUGAUAUGAGUAUCCCGGGUGGGGAUACAAUAAACACUGAUGCUCAUCCACGAAACAAUAAGGAAAUAUCUUCUCUUGCUAAAGGAAAUGUCGUCGAUAUCAUCUAACAUAACUAGUAACACAACUAGGGUUAAGACAGGAAUCAAGCAACAUGCAAAGGUGGAAUAUUGUGGCGCUCGCAGAAGGGAUACACAUAUCACUGACCCGGCGCAGCGAUAUGUGUAUCCCCUGUUUUUUCUUCUCUUGCUAAAGGAAAUAUCGUCCAUAUCUAUCAGAACAACUAGUAAUACAACUAGGUUUACAGGAAUCAAACAACUUAAAAGGUGAAUAAUUAUGGUGCUUGUACGGGGGGAUACACAUAUCACUGGACCAGCGCAGAGAUAUGUGUAUACCCUCUCUAUUUUUUGACUUUCCGAGUUAUCCCUUGCUGAAUGAAAUUUUGUCAGUCAUACUUAUUUAACGCGACUAGUGACAUAUGAAUUAUAAUCACGUUGGAUAAGGAGAGGAGCGAGAACGAAUGUUUACAUCAACAUUGCGGCCCACGAAGAAGUAAACUCGCCAGAGACAGCUUUGCGAUUAUUUUGUCUCAAAUCGUUGCUCUUUUGUCGAUUUUGUUGCUCGUAAUCUUGAAUCAUUUGUAGUCCCUUUGAUGAUGAUUUGCAAAAUUCACAAAAGCAACAGAAAUAAAACCGACACUUGUUUGGAGGGAUGGGGGGUAGGGGAUACACAUUUCACUGGCAGCCAUAUUGGAGGGAUACACAUAUCACUAGGGAUACACAUAUCACUGUGACGGAAUAAAAUUUAUUGAAAUCUUUAUAAUUUCCAAAAGCAUAGAAUUUGGAGGUUUAUUCAAUAAGCGCACAAGCUUACUCACAUUUCUUAGAGGUACAGUCAAAGUUUUCUCGUUAUGAAAGCCGUAAUCUGUGGCAAAAGGCUUUUCUGGCGAUUCAUGUUAUGAGCGCUCAAGAACGUCGUGCUAUCAGAUCGAGCGCAGCUGAAUUGUAGCGUUACUGCAGCUAUUUCGCAGCAUUUGAAAGUCGGCAACUGCGCUGCAAAACUGCUGCUGAGAGCUUCAAAGGCUGCACCAGUGCUUUUGCAGCCUGCUGCAACUUGAAUUAAGCUGUUGUUUGGCUUCUAAAAUGCUGCUAAACAGCUGCAAUUUAGCUGUACAGCUAUUUUGAAGCGAUUUUGUGGCGCCGUACAGCGCUGCAAGUUUCGUACGGGUUUGCUCUACAGGGUUUUAAUUUUGAAGAUCUUUAAGUCCUUAUUCGGUAUCUGCAGCGUUGUGCAGCGAUAAUGCAGCCUCAAGCAUCGCUUGUAUUCAGGUUGCCAUAUGGAGUGGUUUCAAUGUUUAUAUCUAAGUCUCAUUGCAGCUUUUAAGUAGCGGCCCGCAGCGCUGCUGCAAAAUUUUGCAGCGCUUUCGCAGUGCACGAAAUGUGACGUUCUCUGCUUUAGCGACUCACGAGCACUGCUUUACAGACGCUUAAGCGCUGUGCAACCAUAAAAGUGAACUGCUGCAUCGCUGCGGCAGCGUUGCGUCGUUCGUACGGGCAAUAUGGCACAGCGGCAAAUUGGGCACCAGAAGUCGAGUUUAGUCCUUACCGCGCGCUUUCCCGUCGUCAAAUGACGGUCCCGUUCUGUUGCUAAAUCAGCCUAGUGAGUCGGGAAAACCACUUUGUAUAUUUGUUAUAUUAAUAUUUUGUCUAGACAUAAUUCCAGUGUUUCGAGGAAACCUGGGAAAAAAAUUUGGCCAAAUAAAAUUUGAUACCUUGUGGAACUAAUGCAUGGAGAGUAUAACAUACUUGAAAAGCAGCAUGCAUAGUCCUGAUUUAAUGGCUAAUAAGUUGCCCUGAUGCUUGCUCUCAGGGUAUAUAGCUUUUCUUUGGUUGAUACUGAUCAAAGCAUUCCUGUUUAAAUUUAUUACUUUUUAGUGUCGUCAAGAGUUUUUGAGAGGAACAGUCGGUGAAUUUGGAGAAAAUAACAAUGAUUUUGCCAAAGUGAUAAUUUAUGAAAUUGUUUACUGUGCUAAGCAGAGAAAUGUCUCCACCAAAUAUGUUAUUGAAAACCCGUAAGUACUUUUAAUAAAUUAAUAAUUUCUAUUUUGAUAUGUCAGUGAGUGUUUGAGAUCCUUAAUAAUAAUUGUAUUGACUUGGCCUGCAUUUGUAUUGAAAAGUGUGAAAUGAAAGACAUCAAAUUAAAAAGAAGUUCAAAGAUAUAAUUUGCAUGGUUCAAUAAUAUUAUUAAAUCCCUGAUUUAGAUCUUAUUUUCCUUGUUUCAAACUAAAUAUCCACUAGCCAAGGAAAAUGAAUUUUAAACCAGGGAUAAAAAUAAUGGAAAGUUUAUAGAUAUUUGCAGAAGGAUAAAAAAUGUUUUAUUUUAUAAUACCCUCCCCACAAUGGUCAUGUAAUUUGUUAACUACCCAUUUGUUUCUUUCUUGUUUCCUACAUACUUAACAAAGGGAUCCUUUACAUAAACAUGCCAGCAUCGUUAGUAAUCUUGAAGAGACAAAAUAUUGAUCAAUGGAUUUCAACAUUAACGUUUCAUGUACAUCAUCAUUCAGUUAGACCCCAAGACAAGUGGAUGAGGGGUAAAUAUUGGGGGAGGGGGAGAGGCCAUGCAGGUCCUUGGACUGUGUCCUUACAGCCCCUUCACACUUCUUAAUACCGCAAAAAGAUACCCUUACCUGAGAAUCAGAAUUUUAAUACUAGAUCUGUUGAUCCUUUAGUGGUGGGAAUUCUAGUGUCUGUGAGACAGACACUGCUCAAAACUGUACCCUUUGCCAUCUCAGGCUGGCAAAUUGAUGCCCAAGUGUAGAGUACUUUCUUUUACAUGAUCAUCUGUUAUUUUUUCGUUUCUACAGAAAUGAGUGUGGCAUUAUACGCUUAUUUCAAAGGGGGUUAUUUAAAAACUACCCCCGAAGAGAUAUUAAAACAUUUCUGCAAGAAAAUGUGCCACUGCAUGAGUAUGAGAAGCUUUCAGUUAAAACAAUCCAAGUUGAGUACAUCCGUUCUUUGGAAAGAGCUGAAGAUUUCUUUGUACACAAGUUGUCAUUCGAGAAGGUUUGUGUUAUGCAUCUAUUUAUGCCAUUCAGAAAGUUUUUAACGCAUUAAUCCCAUGGAUCCAAUAAAACUUAUCAGUAGUGGUGACAUUUUUCUUUAGAUUUACAUCAUUGAUAAUGAGGUCAGCAACAGAAAGUUUGAGGUCCAAGUCAGUGCAGAAUUCGGAAUCAAGAAAAGAAGAACAGACACAGAGAAGAAUGUAAGUGUGAUGAUCAUGAUCAUGAUGAUGAUUGUGGUGGUCAGAAGAACGUGAUGUUUAUCUCAGUUUAUGUGAUGAUGAUGAUGACAGUGGUGGUGGUGGUGAUGAUGAUGAUGAUGAUCGUGAUGAUGAUGGUGGUGGUGGUGAUGAUGAUGAUGAUGGUGGUGGUGGUGGUGGUGAUGAUGAUUAGGAUGGUGGUGGUGGUGGUGAGAAUGGUGGUGUUGGUGGUGGUGAUGUUGAUGAUGAUGAUGAUGAUGGUGGUGGUGGUGAUGGUGAUGAUGAUGAUGGUGGUAGUUGUGAUGAUGAUUAGGAUGGUGGUGGUGGUGGUGGUGAGAAUGGUGGUGAUGGUGGUGUUGAUGUUGAUGAUGAUGAUGAUGAUGGUGGUGGUGGUGAUGGUGAUGAUGAUGAUGGUGGUGGUGGUGAUGGUGAUGAUGAUGAUGGUGGUAGUGGUGAUGAUGGUUAGGAUGGUGGUGGUGGUGGUGGUGAGAAUGGUGGUGGUGGUGGUGGUGAUGAUGAUGAUGACAUUACCAACCUUAAGUUCAUAGAGGAUGGUGACUUUGGCUGUGGUGGCUUGGGGAGGGAUGAUGUUGACUUGGCAAGAGAAACAAACUUUAAGUUUCAGUAGAGGUGACACUCGAAGACUUUUUUAACUUUAUUGAAGGUUCGAGAGAAUGAGUUCCUGGAAAGAGAUCUGAGAGAUUUUGGUCUACUUGUAUAUGCUGGUGUCAUAUCAGAUGAGGAAUUCGUUCUCUUGUACACUGAAAUCAAGUUCAACGCUUCAGUUUCUUGAAAGUGAAUGUUCGUCGCUUCAUUGAGCCUAUUUGCAAUCUAUGUAUUAGCACAUUUUCCCACACUCCACUGUUCUUUGGCUAACAAUGGCUGGUAAUCAAGCUUACACAGUUCUGGGCUUGAAGAAGUAGGGCUCACUUACAAAAAUUCUUUAGCAAGCUGAAUAUCGUGAUCUUUAGUCCACUCUAUAUUCUUAAAAUAAGAACAAAGUAAUAUGAUGGACAGGUUGUGUGCAAUAAACAAGUUCCUUCAUGCUGCUUUAUCAAGGGCUUUAUUUUGUCGAAUAAAUGAACCAAUAAACACGUAUUUGCAUUUUGGCCUAUAACUUAAGCACAAAAAAUGAACUAAAUACUUUGUGAAAAAAGAAAAGAGAAGGAGUCGAUUUUCACAUGAUGCAAGAAUAUUAAAUGUGAUAAAACUUUAUCUCUGGGAAUUCUAAUCCUGCAGUUGUACCAUUUGGACAAGUUCAGUGUGCUAUAUUCCAUCAUAAAAUAGUGUUAUAACAAGUAGUUGAGAAAGGUUUACCAUUUGUAGUAGACUAGACAUUACAGAAACAGAUUAAAGCCGUAUUCUGUUAAAAUAAAGAUAUUUUGAGGACACAAACAUGAAGAGAAAACUCACGUUCUUGAAACACCGCCACUCUAAGCUUUCUCACCAUCACGACAAGCAGUCGAUGUAGGCUGGAUGGCUGAGAUAAAUGCAAAUUAGCCCCAAAUCGGGCAACUUUUAUUUCUGGUUGCUGUCCUCCACCUCCUUACUGUCCACCCUAACGUAAGGUCCAUAAUGGUGAUGGUGGUGGUGAGAAUGAUGAUGAUGAUGAUGAUCAACCCUCCAAGUUGCGACCGUUUUAGUUGCCAUGGCGCCUAAAAUUUUGAAGCUGGCGACUUGAUUUGUAAAAAAGUCUCCCUAAACCAACAGAAUUGGUCGCCAAGGGCGACCAAGCAAAAACUUUAACUUGGAGGGUUGAUGGUGGUGGUGGUGGUGAUGAUGAUAAUGAUCGAUGUUGGUGUUGGUGAUGAUGAUGAUCUAAUCAUUCUGCUGCUGAUCAGGUUAUUGCUUAUUGUGAAAAUGAUAGUGGCGAUGAUGAGGAUGAUUAUGGUGGUAUGAUGAUGGUGAUUGUGAUGACAGUGGUGUUUAUGAUGAAAAUGAUGAUGGUUGUGACACACAUUGAUGGGAGGGUAAACAUGAGAUUAUUGCUUGGCACAAAUUUCUAGUUCUUGCAUCAUUUAAUCGUGCAUAAUUCUUUCGCUCUUUUUACCUCUCCUCACAAGCAAAUACAUUGACAAAACAAUACUUGAGUAGUAACAUUGUUUGUGCUACUGCAUCAAACCGCAAACUAGGAAAAAUAGAAUCUACAUGUAAAACUUUAAUGCAAAGCUCAAAAUUUUGUGACCCGCUGAACUGUACAAUCUGAAGUCACUUGAUACUGAGACAAAGAUUAUAUAUUGACAUAAUUAUUAUAAAUGGCGGGGAAAAACACAACAAUGGUGGUGGUUGUUAUUGUGACAAUGGUCAAUGACAAUGAUGGUAGUUGUGAUAGUGAUGAUGAUGAUGGUGACAAUGUUGAUGAUGGUGGUGGUGGUGGUGUUGACAGCGAGGAUAAUGUGAUGAUGAUGAUGAUGAUGAUAGUGAUGGUUAUGGCAAUGACGAUGAUGUUGGGUAUUGUGGUGAAGAUGACAGUGAUAAUGAUGAUGAGAAUGAUGGUGAUAUUAAUGACAAUCUUGGUGAUUGAUAAUUGUCAAUCAAUAUGAUAGUGGUGAUGAUGACAGCCUGCAGGUGAUCAUGAUGAUGAUAUGAUAACUGGGGUAAUUAUGAUGAUGGAAGUGGAGGAGGUGAUGGUGAUAAUAACGAUGUUAAAGAUGAUUUGGUGUCAUUGACAGUGGUGUUUUUAAUCUCACUACCAAUGAUGAUGAUGGUUGCAGUGAUGGUAAUGACAUACUGUUGAAUAUGUGGAUUUGAUGACUUAAUUCAGACAUUAAUUAUAUAUAGUUUGUACUUUUUUUCAUUUACCGUAGUUGCCAGAAGACAUAGUCCAAGAGUUUUCUGAGGUUGAAGCUCUGGAAUUGGACCCAAUGAAAAAUACAGUUACAAUUAUUAGAAAAAAUUCCAGACCAGAGGUACAGUACAUGCAGCUUUUGAUCUUAGCAAGUACAGUUCUCAUACUGUAGCUAUAAGAAAGAUAUCAAUCAAGUAGCAGUUUGACAUAAUUGUAACAUCCCUUUGUAGAUCUUGACAGCAAGCUCUCCUCAGGUGGCUUAUUCACUGAUCACAUUGGUUGAAGGCUAUUAUCGCCUUAUGAUCAACCAGUACAAACAACUUUUGAGAGGUAUGGAUUAUUAAUAAACUUGUAGAUACGUCAGCGUUUGUAUGACAACGCCAUUUUUUUCGUACACUUCAACAAAUCCGACUUCUCACGUGGCGCUAGAAAUUGAGGAAAUGAUUGUAAUGGCCAAAUUAAACCAUUACGGCCCUUAAACAAUAUCUGACUGCUUCAUUCUUGAUUCCACUUCUGGAAUGAUGGGCAGAGCUCUGGUUUACAAGUUUACAUUUUGUAUUUCCUAACCAAAUUUACCCUUUUAUACAUCAUACCAGGACUAAGACAUCCCAUUGCAACACAACAUUCGGUUCUGAGAUGCAAAAUGGGAAGUGAACUCUAAGACUUUCAUAUGAGGAUAAUUUAGUUAGCCAAGAAAUUUCAAAAAUGCAAAAACUGUAUCAGUGAUUUCUACCCAAGUCCAGGAGUGAAGUAACUUGCUCAAAUACACUAGAAUUAGAAACAGUUUGCCAAUUCAAGCAUUCUUCAAGUGUGAAAAGUUCUGUGCUUACUCUUGGGAUAUGAAAGAACCUUGAACUGGAAGAUUAGCUCCCCUUUUCAGGGUGUUGUCCUGGGGCUGGUACUUUUCUGUCUUAAACUUGUGGGGAUGUGCUGCUGGGAUCCCAGAACCCUUAGCCUAUCCCAGACCUAGUUCAACUCAACAUAGCUAUCCCAUACUAGUCCAAACAUCUAAAAUCCCUAUUCUAGACCCAAACUUGCUGAUUUCUCUACCCUAUCUAAGACUAAACUCACUUGAAAACAAUACCCUUUACAGCGGCACAUACCUAUAUAGCCAACAUAUGGCAGUACCCUCCCAGGGGUGUAGCACUGAAUGACUUCUUACCACAUCACUUUUUUGGUUAAGGAACCAGCUGGUCCGAUUCUUUGAAGGCUGAUUAGUGCUAACCCGGGGUUAAAUGUUAAUCUGAGUUUCUUUUUCUUUUGUUCAAAAGCAUUUCCUCGGAUUAUUUUUGCUAUUCUCUUUAGGGUAUCCAAUCAUCAAAUUGUAGACGAAAGAAUAAAACUGAAUUUUCUUUUUUUUAGGUUUUUAUAUCUGAGUUCAAAUUUUACACUAACCCUCGGUUAUCUUAACUCAGCUUUGAACAACCCGGCCCAGGGCUAUAGCUUGAU